GACUUAUCACUCUACGGGUAAUGAGUGCACCCAGCGGGAUUCUGGGACGUGUAUUCUCUGUGUCAACAACUUCGAGGAAUUAGAAAUAGAUCCAGCGAGUGCCGGGCUGCAGAGGGGCAGGCUGCACAGAUGGAGCUGAACAGGAAGAUGCUGCAGUGAGGAGCUAUUCCUUGUGGCAGCAGCCCUGGACACUGCUUGUUCUGCUCCCUUGGGAGUGACACUGUGACAAUCUGUGCACCCCUUGCAACCUCAUCCUGUCUGACUGGAAUUCAUUAUCCUUUGUUAAUUAGGGAGAUAAAGGUAGCCCCUAUACCUAAGGAAGAGGGAGACCCCCUGACUGGUGAGGACAUGCAAUGAAUAAACUGCUGGGCACAGUGAUCCUUUACCCUUCCCUGCCUCUGGGUAUCUGUGGCCCUGUUGCACUUUGGCUCCCCCAUCAUUGCCUACUAAGAUUCACUUGGGAAUAAUCCUGUUGCCCACCAAUAAGUGCGACUGUGAGCCCCCUGCUGUGACUAAGGCAUGGGCAGACCCUUGCCUCCUGGAGACAUGCAAUAAUCAGACUGAUGGACGUUCUUGUCUCCUUCCCUUCUCCGCUGCUGGCGAUCUCUUGCUGCAGCCUGGACAGGGGAUUAUGGUGGCACUGUACUGCUGGCCUGCUAGAACUCUGAUCAGCUCUCCAUUUCAUAAGGAAAUGAAAUCCUGAACAUCUGUGGAGGAGGAUCUGCCUACAGGUAUCGGGGAGAAGCUCCUCUUGCAAAGAAAAGGACUUUGGGCCACAUCCCCUAUUCUUCUCCAUUCUCCUCUAUCCACAGCAUCCUGCAUUCACAGAGAAUAAUGAAGUCUUAGGGGGUUCAGUCUCACCAGAAAGACAUCUUCCAUAAAUCAUUAUAUCAUUGCAAGCUCCUUUAUUAGCUGUCCAAAAAAAUAUUUCACCUUCCUUAUAUACCAUGGCGGACAGGACUGCCCCAGCUUGCCAGCUACGCUUGGAGUGGGUAUAUGGUUACAGGGGGCACCAAUGCCGUAACAACCUGUACUACACCGCUGGCAAGGAGGUGGUGUACUUUGUCGCUGGUGUUGGGGUGGUGUAUAACACCAGAGAACACAGCCAGAAAUUUUUCUUGGGCCACAACGAUGAUAUUAUCAGCCUUGCUUUACACCCCGACAGAACCCUUGUUGCCACUGGUCAGGUGGGAAAAGAUCCGUACAUAUGUAUAUGGGAUUCCUAUACAGUGCAGACAGUUUCUAUCCUGAAAGAUGUACAUACCCAUGGCGUAGCAGGGCUGGCUUUCGAUUCAGAAGGACAGCGCCUGGCCUCUGUUGGAUUGGAUGCCAAAAAUACAGUUUGCAUUUGGGAUUGGCAGAAGGGCAAAGUUUUGGCAACAGCUACUGGCCAUUCUGACAGGAUAUUUGAUAUCUCCUGGGAUCCAUAUCAGCCAAACAGACUGGUUAGCUGUGGAGUUAAGCAUAUAAAGUUCUGGACCCUGUGUGGAAAUGCUCUCACUGCAAAAAGGGGAAUUUUUGGGAAAACAGGAGAUCUGCAAACCAUCCUGUGUUUGGCCUGUGCAAAAGAAGAUGUUACAUACUCUGGGGCAUUAAAUGGGGACAUCUAUGUAUGGAAAGGACUCACCUUGGCACGCACUAUUCAAGGAGCACACAGUGCUGGGAUAUUUAGUAUGUAUGCCUGUGAAGAAGGCUUUGCUACUGGAGGAAGGGAUGGCUGCAUACGUCUGUGGGACGCUGACUUCAAGGCAAUAACUAAAAUUGAUCUGAGAGAAAGUGAACAAGGUUAUAAAGGGCUUUCUAUUCGGAGCGUUUGUUGGAAGGCUGACCGUAUUCUUGCUGGGACACAAGACAGUGAAAUAUUUGAAGUGAUGGUGAGAGAAAGAGAUAAGCCAAUGCUCAUAAUGCAGGGACACUGUGAAGGGGAGCUUUGGGCCCUUGCUUUGCACCCUAAGAAGCCUUUAGCGGUUACGGGCAGUGAUGAUCGCUCUGUAAGAUUAUGGAGCCUCGCAGAUCAUGCACUCAUUGCCCGCUGUAAUAUGGAGGAGGCAGUACGUAGUGUAGCUUUCAUUUCGGAUGGAUCACAGCUAGCACUUGGAAUGAAGGAUGGCUCCUUUACUGUUCUCAGGGUUAGAGAUAUGACAGAGGUGGUGCACAUUAAAGACAGAAAAGAAGUGAUCCAUGAAAUGAAAUUCUCCCCAGAUGGCUCCUAUCUGGCAGUGGGCUCUAACGAUGGGCUUAUAGAUGUCUAUGCAGUUGCACAGAGGUACAAAAAGACUGGAGAGUGCAACAAGUCUUCCAGUUUUAUAACUCACCUUGACUGGUCUGUGGACAGCAAUUACUUGCAAACAAAUGAUGGUGCUGGAGAAAGACUCUUCUAUAAGAUGCCUUCUGGGAAACAUCUCACAAACAAGGAUGAAAUCAAAGCAAUCCAUUGGUUUUCAUGGACAUGUGUGGUUGGACCUGAAGUCAGUGGAAUAUGGCCAAAAUACACAGAUAUUACAGAUAUCAACUCAGUGGAUGCCAAUUUCAGCAGCACAGCAGCAGUGACUGGCGAUGACUUUGGACUGGUUAAAUUAUUCCGGUUUCCCAGCUUGAAAAAAGGAGCCAAAUUUCGCAAAUACGUUGGUCACUCGGCACAUGUAACCAAUGUUCGCUGGUCACACGACUGCCAGUGGGUUUUAAGCACUGGGGGAGCGGACCAUUCUGUUUUUCAGUGGAGGUUUAUACCUGAAGGAGUAACAAAUGGUGUGAUUGAAACUGCUCCUCAAGAGGGGAUAAUAGAUUCCUGCAGCGAUGAAUCCGAUUCUGAUUUGUCUGAUGUCCCAGAACUAGAUUCAGAUAUUGAACAGGAGACUCAAAUCAACUAUGAUCGCCAGGUUUACAAAGAAGAUCUACCUCAGCUGAAACAGCAGAACAAAGAGAAGCAACAGUCCUUGCCUUCCCUAAAAAGAGAGAAAGCCCCAGACGAGAGUCUAAAGCUAAAAUUUGUACAUGGUUACAGAGGGUAUGACUGCAGGAACAACCUGUUCUACACUCAGGCUGGAGAGGUGGUGUAUCAUGUAGCUGCAAUAGCUGUGGUGUAUGAUAGGCUGCAACACUCCCAAAGAUUCUACCUUGGCCAUGACGAUGACAUCCUGAGCCUGGCCAUUCAUCCAGUGAAAGAUUAUGUAGCAACUGGCCAGGUUGGGAGAGAUGCAGCCAUUCAUGUGUGGGAUACUCAGACCCUGAAAUGCUUAUCUCUGCUCAAAGGACAACAUCAGAGGGGAGUCAGUGCCUUGGACUUUUCAGCUGAUGGUAAAUGCCUGGUUUCUGUUGGCUUGGAUGAUAACCACACUAUUGUAUACUGGGACUGGAAAAAAGGAGAAAAAAUUGCAUGUACAAGGGGGCACAAAGAUAAAAUAUUUGUUGUGAAAUGCAAUCCACACCAUACUGAUAAACUUGUGACGGUUGGAAUGAAACACAUCAAAUUUUGGCAGCAAACAGGAGGUGGAUUUACGGCAAAGCGCGGAACAUUUGGCACUAUAGGAAAACUGGAGACCAUGAUGUGUGUUUCUUAUGGCCGUGCAGAAGACCUUGUUUUUUCAGGGGCUGCCACAGGGGAUAUUUAUAUAUGGAAAGAUGUUGUUCUGCUUAAGACUAUCAAAGCACAUGAUGGCCCAGUCUUUGCCAUGUAUGCACUAGAUAAGGGUUUUGUAACAGGAGGCAAGGAUGGUGUGGUAGAGCUUUGGGAUGACAUGUUUGAAAGGUGCCUGAAAACGUAUGCUAUCAAAAGAGCAGCACUUUCUCCUAGCUCAAAAGGUUUACUUUUAGAAGACAAUCCUUCAAUUCGUGCCAUUACCUUGGGACAUGGACACAUACUUGUCGGGACUAAGAAUGGAGAAAUACUUGAAAUAGAUAAAAGUGGCCCAAUGACCCUGCUUGUUCAGGGACAUAUGGAAGGAGAAGUUUGGGGCCUGGCAACCCACCCACAGCUGCCUUUAUGCGCCACAGUAAGUGAUGAUAAAACACUUCGGAUCUGGGAGCUCUCCUCCCAACACCGCAUGCUGGCUGUGCGGAAACUUAAAAAGGGGGGGCGAUGCUGUGCCUUUUCGCCAGAUGGAAAAGCCUUAGCUGUAGGCCUCAGUGAUGGCAGUUUUCUGGUCGUGAAUGCAGAUACACUUGAAGAUAUGGUGUCUUUCCAUCACAGGAAGGAAAUAAUUGCUGAUAUCAAAUUUUCGCCAGAUGCAGGGAAAUAUCUGGCCGUGGCUUCCCAUGAUAACUUUGUAGAUAUUUAUAAUGUGCUGUCUAGCAAACGCGUUGGUAUCUGCAAGGGUGCAUCGAGCUACAUCACUCAUAUUGACUGGGACACAAGAGGAAAGCUGCUGCAAGUUAAUUCUGGUGCCAAAGAACAAUUAUUUUAUGAAGCUCCUAGAGGCAAGCGAUAUGUAAUUAAAGCCGCAGAGAUGGAGAAAAUCGAGUGGCACACCUGGACUUGUGUCCUCGGCCCAACUUGUGAAGGAAUCUGGCCUGCUCACAGUGAUAUUACGGAUGUGAAUGCAGCCUCUCUUACCAAAGACAGGAAAGCUUUAGCCACAGGCGAUGAUUUUGGAUUUGUGAAACUCUUUUCAUAUCCCGUAAAGGGUUGUGAUGCCAAAUUUAAGAAGUAUGUAGGACACAGUGCCCAUGUAACCAAUGUUAGGUGGCUGUAUGAUGAUUCAACCUUGCUGACUGUGGGUGGAGCAGAUACAGCUCUUAUGAUUUGGACGCGUGAGGCUUUUGGGAGCCUAGAGAAUAAACCUGUGGACAGUGAAGAGUCAGACACAGACGCAGAGGAAGAUGGAGGUUAUGACAGUGAUGUGGCAAGAGAAAAAUCGAUUGAUUAUACUACAAAGAUAUAUGCAGUGAGCAUCCGGGAAAUGGAAGGCACAAAACCUCAUCAGCAGCUUAAAGAAGCAUCAGCAGAGGAAAGGUUCAGAUACCAAUGUAACCUGCCAAAAUCAGGUGGUAAUUUUGGUGUUUGCGAGUAUUUUGACCCCUGCUCAUCUCUAAUCUCUCUGGUCAUGCAAUUUCUGAAAAGGCAGGGAAUUGUCAAGGGAUCAAGACCAUCAGUCAGCAGAGCUAUCCCUCAGCCGGAGAAACUGCAGAAGAACAACAUCAAUAAGAAAAAGAAAGUGAUUGAGGAGCUCUCUUUGGACCAUGUGUUUGGGUACAGGGGAUUUGAUUGUCGUGACAACCUCCAUUACCUCAACGAUGGUGCUGAUAUCGUUUUUCAUACGGCGGCUGCCAGCAUUGUACAGAAUCUUUCUACAGGAAGCCAGAGUUUCUAUUUGGAGCACACAGAUGACAUCCUCUGCUUGACUGUGAAUCAGCAUCCAAAAUAUAAGAAUGUCAUUGCUACUGGUCAAAUUGGUGAAAUUGCUGAAUACUCAGGAGCCACGCCUUCCAUUCAUAUCUGGGACGCCAUGAGCAAGCAGACUUUGUCCAUCCUGAGAUGCUUCCAUGGCAAAGGAGUGGGCUGCAUUAACUUCAGUGCUACUGGGAAGCUCCUGGUGUCAGUGGGAGUGGAUCCUGAACACACAAUAACAGUGUGGCGAUGGCAAGAAGGUGCCAAAGUCGCCAUUAAAGGAGGUCAUGCAGAGAGGAUAUUUGUGGCACAGUUUCGGCCAGAUUCAGACACCCAGUUUGUCUCCGUUGGAGUUAAACACAUCAAAUUCUGGACAUUGGCUGGAAGUGCUUUGCUGUAUAAGAAAGGAAUAGUUGGAUCCGUGGACAAUGCCAAAAUGCAAACUAUGCUUUCUGUGGCCUUUGGGGCAAAUAGCCUGACCUUCACCGGUGCCAUAAACGGAGAUGUAUAUGUGUGGAAAGAUCACUUUCUCAUUCGUCUCGUGGCCAAAGCUCACACCGGCCCUGUCUUCACCAUGUACACCACACUCCGAGAUGGCCUUAUUGUAACUGGGGGAAAAGAGAGGCCGACAAAGGAAGGUGGUGCUGUAAAAUUGUGGGACCAGGAGAUGAAACGCUGUCGGGCAUUUCAGCUGGAAACAGGGCAACCCUUGGACUGUGUGCGCUCAGUGUGCAGAGGAAAGGGCAAAGUUCUGGUGGGAACCAAAGACGGGGAAAUUAUCGAAGUGGGAGAAAAAAAUGCUGCAUCAAAUAUCAUCAUGAACGGCCAUGUGGAAGGGGAGAUAUGGGGGCUAGCCACACACCCAUCCAAGGAAAUCUGCCUUACUGCAAGUAAUGAUGGGACAGCCAGAAUAUGGGACCUCGCUGACAAAAAGUUGCUAAACAAAGUCAGUCUGGGCUUUGCUGCGUGCUGCGCGGCCUACAGCCCCAAUGGGGAAAUGGUAACGAUCGGCAUGAGAAAUGGAGAGUUUGUCAUCCUGCUUGUCAACUCGCUGAAAAUAUGGGGCAAAAAGCGAGACCGAAAGGGAGCCAUACAGGACAUCAGGAUCAGUCCUGACAACAGGUAUUUAGCAGUGGGAUCUGCAGAGAAUACUGUGGAUUUUUAUGACCUCACUCAAGGCCCGUCCCUGAACAGAUUCGGUUACUGCAAAGAUAUUCCAAGCUUUGUCAUCCAAAUGGACUUUUCCGCUGACAGUAAAUAUAUUCAGGUAGCUACGGGUGCGUAUAAACGGCAAGUACAUGAAGUGCCCUCAGGGAAGCAGGUGGUGGAUGGAGCAGUGAUUGACAGGAUUACGUGGGCCACUUGGACAAGCAUCCUGGGAGAUGAAGUCAUCGGUAUCUGGCCACGGAAUGCCGAUAAGGCGGAUGUUAAUUGUGCCUGUGUGUCCCACGCUGGGAUCAACGUUGUCACCGGCGAUGACUUUGGCCUAGUGAAACUUUUCGACUUCCCUUGCACUGAAAAAUUUGCCAAACACAAGCGCUACUUUGGCCAUUCGGCGCAUGUGACCAAUGUUCGGUUUUCCCAUGAUGACAAGUAUAUCAUAAGCACUGGCGGGGACGACUGCAGUGUGUUCGUCUGGAGAUGCCUGUAGGAAGGGGAAUGAAGACACAAGGUCUGUUGAACCAAGAAGACAAGCGAUUGGCUGCGCACGUUUCCCCAUGACUGCAGCUGGGGUUUGGGACUGACAAUCCCUAAGUGCUGCUGUAAUAAUAAUCAUAUAAAACUGUGAUCCCAUUCAUUCACACAGACCCCAAGCCAUUAUUCCUUUAUACAUCUCAUUCCAUUUCCCAUUGCAAUUCUCCCGUUAUGUACAGAUAAUCAAUAUGUUUACAUGAGGCUGAUAAGGAAGGAGAAGUAAUAAGGAAAUGAUCGUUAGUGCUAAUGAUUGCGCAAUUCAUACAGACCAAUCGACUCCCUUCAUGCUAUGAAUUGCGGUUUCUAUGUGACUCAAGCCAUGGUUACAAGCUCUUCUCUUUAUUUCUAAACAUAAAGUGCCUUGAACUCUCUGUUGUGUCGGGGGCCACUCUCACCCCCCCGGUGUGUGACCUUGGUGCUAUUUUUUCCAGUCAGUAUGACCAAUAGGAGCAGCCUUUGUGUCACGUGUCAGAUCUUCCCCAGGUGCUGCUGGAAAAAGAUCCCCCCAAAUAGCUUGUGGCCCCCAGAUGUAUAAAGCUGGCCGUACACUAAUAGAUAUGCCAAACGAGGGCCACCCAAAACCCACAUGGGCUCAUUUGGGGGACAGCGUUAGCCUACAGUGCAAUAUCAGAUAGAUACGUGGGUAAUGUGCCACCGUCCCUUGCCCACAGCAUUCCCAGGGGCAGCUCCCACCCCCUUCUAUACGUGGAAUUGCCAAACACUAAUUCACCAAUAACUGGAUGUUCCUUAGGACGUGUUUUAUUAUUGCCUUACAUUGUGACCCUCCAUCAGCAGUCAUGUGAUUUGUUUUAUAUUAACACCUUCAGUGCCAGUUGGUUGCGUUUUGUUUUUGUUUUUCAUUCGAAUGGUGUAUAUGUAGCGUCGGUGGCGGUCCCAAGGAUCACCAUUUAUGGCUGUGUUGUAAAACCUGCUACUCUGAGUGUAGUUGUGACAUCAGUAUAAAGGGAAGUGGUGAUUGGUGGGUUAAUGUGUGAGUUGCCAUAGGGCAGUGCAAUAGAAUGACCUCUAAAAUGUUGUGUUUUAAUUGUGUGUGAGAGAGCGGGCAGCGCCCCAGCCAGAUCCUGGCCUAUGUACCAUACUGUAUAGGACACAAGAAAUCAUGUAUAGAAUUAUUUUUUAACCAUUCUCUGUGCAGAUUUGGAAUUUAAUUUUGUGUUGAAUAAAAGCGGUGAUGUAUUCACCAGGACGUG